GCUACUGCAAAUUGUGACAGUGGCUGUCGAUCGGAGAUAGUUGAUACAUUUUAUCUUAGUUUUAUUUUCUUUACAAUAUGUACAAAUGUUUGAACUUGAUAUUCGUAGUAAACUAAUAUCUUUUUAAUUUUUUUUUUUGAAAGUAUAAUUUUUAUAGAGUAUAAGUAAAAAUAUAUUCUUUAUUGACCAAAAGUAUAAAUUUAUUACUUGGAAAAUAUUGUUUCUAAGGUUCUAAUAUUUAUAAUUUAAGUGGUAAUGGUUGUUUUAGGCGAACAUCCUAUUAGAAAAAAUAUAGCAAAAACCUAUAAACUGAAUUAUGGUUCUCAAAAAAUAUGGAAAAUUUACCAUUGACAAGUAAUGAUUUUCCAAUAAAAAUUUCUACCUAUCAGGCAUUAACACAGUACGCUAACUUGCUUUUGGUUUUAGCAUAUUGUAAUACAUAGCCACAUUGAGAUUAUUUUAAGUAUUAGUUUGAUUACUUUUUAUCUUAUCAAAGUUACAUUUUCAAAAUUAUAUUUGCAAUGACAGUAAAGAAAUUAACUGAUAGAGGUUUAGGAAUAAAUUCUGAUGAUGAUAUGGUAAAUAUUACAUCAGAAAGAAUGAAUGAUCAUUCUUUACACCAACAGUCACCUAUUCAUUCGCCUGGAAUUGAUGUCAUUUUUGGAGGAACAGUAAAUUAUGGAUCUGGUGAUGCUGAUGACAUACCUGGUAUUGGUCAGUAUGAAGAUUUUCACACCAUAGAUUGGCAACGAGAUGUUGCACGUGAUCGUUUACGUCAUCGACAUAUUUUGAAGCACAAAGACAAUUCUUUUAUAGAUGUAAUAAAAGCAGCUCAUGAUGCAUGGUCUGGGUGGCUUUGUGUACUAUUAGUAGGUUUAGUAACUGGUACUGUUGCAGCAAUAAUUGAUAUUGGAACAUCAUGGAUGUCAGAUUUAAAAUUUGGUAUCUGCCCUCAAGCUUUUUGGUUAAAUAUGGAACAAUGCUGUUGGUCUUCAAAUGAAACUUCUUUUGAAUUUGAUAAAGGAAACUGUUCUCAGUGGUUCUAUUGGUCUGAAAUAUUUACUUCAUCAAAUGGAACUUUUGCCUACAUAGUAUCUUACAUUUUUUACAUAAUGUGGGCUCUAUUAUUUGCUGCAUUAGCUGCAGGCUUAGUUAGAAUGUUUGCUCCUUAUGCUUGUGGUUCAGGUAUACCAGAGAUAAAAACAAUUUUAAGUGGUUUCAUUAUAAGAGGAUACCUCGGGAAAUGGACACUUCUUAUUAAGUCUGUAGGAAUUAUGAUGAGUGUAUCUGCUGGACUUAGUCUAGGAAAAGAAGGUCCUAUGGUACAUAUAGCUUCAUGCAUUGGUAAUAUCUUAUCUUAUUUGUUUCCAAAAUAUGGCCGUAAUGAAGCUAAAAAAAGAGAAAUAUUAUCUGCAGCCGCUGCUGCUGGUGUAUCAGUUGCUUUUGGUGCUCCAAUUGGCGGAGUACUUUUUAGUUUAGAAGAGGUCAGUUAUUAUUUCCCUUUAAAAACGUUAUGGCGAUCAUUCUUUUGUGCACUUGUUGCUGCUUUUGUUCUUAGUUCAAUUAAUCCAUUUGGCAAUGCUCAUUCUGUAAUGUUUUAUGUGGAAUACCAUAGACCUUGGAUGUUUUUUGAACUAGUUCCAUUCAUUGGAUUGGGAAUAAUUGGAGGUGUUAUUGCUACUAUAUUUAUUAAAUGCAAUAUCAGGUGGUGUCGUUAUCGAAAAACAUCAGUUCUUGGACAAUAUCCUGUUAUAGAAGUAUUAGUUCUUACAGCUAUUACAGCAAUUCUUUCUUACCCAAACCCAUAUACUCGUAUGAGUAUGAGUCAGUUAAUUUAUUUAUUAUUUAGUCAGUGUGAUGUAUCCAGUCAUGAUAGUCUUUGUGAUUAUACAAAUGAUAAAGCAAAUUUAGCUGGACCUGGAGUUUACAGAGCUAUGAUACUUCUUUCAAUGGCAUUCAUUUUGAAAUUAAUUACUACCAUUUUUACUUUUGGUAUUAAGGUACCAUGUGGUUUGUUUAUUCCUAGUUUAUUCUUAGGAGGAAUUGCUGGCCGAAUAGUUGGUAUUUUUAUGCAACAAUUAGCUGCUACUCAUCCUCAUUUAUGGUUUUUUGAUAACAGUUGUGGAUUACCAGGCCAAGAAGAUUGUAUUACUCCUGGUUUAUAUGCUAUGGUUGGAGCAGCUGCAGUAUUAGGGGGUGUAACACGGAUGACAGUUUCAUUGGUUGUUAUUAUGUUUGAACUAACUGGAGGUGUUAGAUAUAUUGUGCCAUUGAUGGCAGCUGUUAUGGCUAGCAAAUGGGUUGGUGAUGCUUUAGGAAAGGAAGGAAUGUAUGAUGCUCAUAUUCAACUAAAUGGAUAUCCAUUCUUGGAUAGUAAAGAAGAAAUUGUACAUACAACUAUAGCUGCAGAUGUUAUGCAACCAAAACAAGCUGAACAUUUGCAAGUUCUUACUCAAUCUUCAAUGUCAUUCGAAGAUAUUGAAACACUUUUAAAAGAAACUGAACAUAAUGGUUUUCCAGUUGUAGUGUCUAAAGAAUCUCAAUACCUAGUUGGUUAUGUUUUACGUAGAGAUCUACAUUUAGCUCUUGAAAAUGCUAAAAAAACAAUGGAUGGGUGUCUAUCGGAAUCGUUAGUUAUAUUUACUGAUGUUACUCAACAAAUUUUACCACCUCCUCUUAAAUUAAAAAAAAUAUUGGAUAUGGCUCCAAUAACCAUCACUGACCAAACACCUAUGGAAACUGUUAUUGAUAUGUUCAGAAAACUUGGUCUGAGACAAACAUUAGUAACACAUAAUGGGAGAUUAUUAGGUGUAAUAACAAAAAAAGAUAUUUUACGAUAUAUCAAACAUAUGGACAAUGAAGAUCCUAGCUCAGUACUUUUUAACUAAAUAGUCUAAUUGAAAUUAAUUAUUAUUAUAAAAAUCAAUUUAGCCACAAAUUAAUUUGUUUAACUGUUUUGUAUCAUUUAGCAAUGAUAAAUAUUUUAUUUGUCUUGGAUUCUAUUAUUAAACUUUGUAAUAUAAUUUUCAAAGAUAUCUGUUUAAUAAAAUCAAAGAAUCAUAAUAAUAUAAUUAUUUAACUGUCUUAAUUAUUUGUUUGAUAUUGUAAAAGAGUAAAUCAGAAAGUUUUGAAUUAUGUUAUGAUUCUUAAAAGUAUUGUUAGUUAAGAACUCAAGUUAAAAUUGAAAUUAAGAUGAAACGCCUACUAGAUUCCAUUUAUUU